ACUGCUCAUUGCCAUUGGUGAGCUCUCCCCAUUAUGGCGGAGAAUGGAUUGUCUCUUCUAUUCAAAUUCAUGUUUUGUGUCUUGAAGCUGGUAUUUUAACCCAGAAUAGAUUUCGUUUUACUUAAAGCACACUUCGUUUUACUUAAACCACACUUCGUUUCGAGUCAUGGCGGACCGUGGCGUGGAUUUCUCUGGUAUACCGAAAGAGCUUCGAGACCAUUUGGCAGAGUUGGAAUUGGAGCUAUCGGAAGGUGACAUCACACAGAAGGGCUAUGAGAAGAAACGAGCCAAGCUGCUGGCCCCUUUCCUCCCUCAGAUCACCAGUGUGGAUCUGCCUCUCCCAGACGUCCAGCAGCAGUCGUCCUCCGGCCCUACCAGUGGUGAGCCCAGCCCUGCCAGCUCUGACCGUAGCCCUGCCAGUCCUGAGGCCUCUGGCCCCUCUUCUUCCUCCGGGGGCCGCAGAAACCGCAGCGGGGGGGCAAGGGAUGACCGCUACAGAUCAGAUAUCCACACGGAGGCGGUGCAGGCAGCGUUGGCCAAACACAAGGAGGAGAAGAUGGCACUGCCCAUGCCCACCAAGCGCCGCUCAGCCUUCGUCCAGUCACCAGUAGACAACUGCACCCCUCCAGACACAUCGUCAGCGUCUGAGGACGAAGGUUCUCUGCGUCGCCAGGCGACUCUGAGUGCAGUGCUGGCCCAGAGUCUCCAGAGCCCAGACUACUGGAUCAACCGCUCAGUGCAGAGCUCCUCCACCUCCUCCUCCGCCUCCUCCACCCUGUCCCACGGGGAAAAUAAGACUCAGACGCAACCGCAGCCGCAGCCCACCUCAGCACUGGCCGACAUACUGGCAAGCACACGCAUAGAGAACAGUGUCCCCCCAGAUGUGACGUCCUACACCCCUGAGAGGGGUUCAAGGGUGGACUCCAGGGUGGACCUGCCCCCCAAUGCUAUGCCCAAGGGGAUGCCCCGAGGACAGAGCCGCACCAGCAUGCUGGAUACCACCGCUGACGGAAAGCGAAAAGGUGUGCCAGUGAACAGCCGUGUUUCCACUAAGAUCCAGCAGCUGCUGAACACUCUGAAGCGGCCCAAGAGACAAGCGCUCAGUGAGUUCUUCCUGGAUGACUCCGAGGAGAUCGUAGAGGUGCCCCAGCCGGACCCCAACACCCCCAGGCCAGAGGGCCGUCAGAUCAUCCCAGUGAAGGGGGAGCCCCUGGGGGUGGUCAGUAACUGGCCCCCGGCCCUUCAGGCAGCCCUGGCACGCUGGGGAGCCACACAGGCCAAGAGCCCCGCUCUCACCGCCCUGGACGUUACCGGGAAACCCCUCUACACUCUGACAUACGGUAAACUGUGGAGCCGCAGUCUGAAACUGGCCUACACUCUGUUGAACAAACUUGGCACCAAGAACGAGCCUGUCCUGAGACCUGGAGAUAGGGUGGCGCUGGUGUACCCCAACAGUGACCCUGCUAUGUUCUGGGUGGCCUUCUAUGGCUGUCUCCUAGCAGAGGUCAUCCCUGUACCCAUAGAGGUGCCACUGUCUAGACAGGACGCAGGCAGUCUUCAGAUUGGGUUCCUAUUGGGCAGCUGUGGGGUAGGCCUGGCCCUGACUAGCGAGAUCUGUCUCAAAGGACUGCCCAAGACACCCCAGGGAGAGAUCAUGCAGUUCAAAGGUUGGCCCCGUAUGAAGUGGGUUGUGACAGACACCAAGUACCUGACCAAGCCCUCUAAAGACUGGCAGCCCCACAUCCCCACCGCCAACACAGACACAGCUUACAUCGAGUAUAAGGCCAGUAAAGAGGGGACAGUGAUGGGAGUAGCCGUGUCUAAGAUAGCCUUGUUGACACACUGCCAGGCCCUGACACAGGCCUGCAACUACUGUGAAGGAGAAACGUUGGUCAACGUGCUAGAUUGUAAGAAGGACAUGGGUUUGUGGCAUGGGGUGUUAACCAGUGUGAUGAACAGGAUCCACACCAUCACUGUACCCUACGCUGUCAUGAAGGCCUGUCCCAUGUCCUGGGUGCAGAGGGUCCACAUACACAAAGCACGUGUCGCCUUGGUGAAGUGUCGUGACCUCCACUGGGCUAUGAUGGCUCACAGGGACCAGAGAGACACCAACCUGUCGUCCAUACGCAUGCUCAUAGUAGCCGAUGGAGCCAACCCCUGGUCCGUGUCGUCGUGCGACGCCUUUCUCAACGUGUUCCAGUCUCACGGGUUAAAGCCGGAGGUCAUCUGCCCCUGUGCCUCCUCUCCUGAAGCCCUCACUGUGGCUAUCCGCAGGCCUGGUGCCCGUGGUGCAGCCCUCCCAGCCAGAGCCAUCCUGUCCAUGGGCGGUCUGAGUCAUGGGGUCAUCAGGGUCAACACAGAGGAUAAAAACUCUGCCCUCACUGUACAGGACGUGGGCCAUGUCAUGCCUGGAGCCCUGAUGUGUAUCGUGAAGCCAGACGGCCCUCCGCAGCUCUGUAAGACAGAUGAGAUCGGAGAGAUAGUGUUGAACUCCAGGGCUGGAGGAACCAUGUACUACGGCCUGCCUGGAGUCACCAAGAACACCUUUGAGGUGAUUCCUGUCAACCAGGCUGGAGCUCCGUUGGGAGAGAUCCUCUUCACUAGGACUGGCCUGCUGGGUUUCGUAGGGCCGGGCAGUCUGGUCUUUGUAGUGGGAAAGAACGAGGGGCUCCUGACGGUCAGUGGUAGACGACACAAUGCUGAUGACCUGGUGGCCACCGCCCUGGCCGUGGAGCCUGUUAAAACUGUCUACCGGGGGAGGAUCGCUGUGUUCUCAGUGACCGUGUUCUAUGAUGAGAGGAUAGUGAUUGUAGCUGAGCAGAGGCCUGAUGCCAGUGAAGAGGACAGCUUCCAGUGGAUGAGCAGAGUACUACAGGCAAUAGACAGUAUUCAUCAGGUGGGUUUGUACUGUCUGGCCCUGGUGCCGGCCAACACGUUACCCAAGACCCCGCUGGGAGGGAUCCACAUCUCUGAGACCAAACAGAACUUCCUAGAGGGGAACCUGCACCCAUGUAACAUCCUCCUCUGUCCACACACCUGUGUCACCAACCUUCCCAAACCACGACAGAAACAACCAGUUGGUGUGGGCCCGGCCUCUAUCAUGGUUGGUAACCUGGUAGCGGGGAAGAGGAUGGCCCAGGCUGCAGGCAGAGAGCUGGGAGUGCUGGAGGAAGAAGGCCUGGUCAGGAAGCACCAGUUUCUGUCUGAAGCCUUACAGUGGAGAGCCCAGACCGACCCUGACCACGUCCUCUAUGUGCUGCUCAACGCUAAGGGGGUAGCGGUGUGCACGGCCACGUGUAGUCAGCUGCAUAAGAGAGCAGAGAAGAUAACCUCAGCCCUGAUGGAGAGAGGAGGCCUCAACACUGGAGACAACGUAGUGUUGCUAUACCCCCCUGGCAUUGAUCUGAUAGCUGCGUUCUAUGGCUGUCUGUACGCGGGGGUGAUCCCUGUAACAGUGCGGCCCCCUCACCCCCAGAACCUGGCUGCUACCCUGCCCACCGUCCGCAUGAUCAUCGACGUGAGUAAAGCAGCCUGUAUCCUAACCACCCAGCCCCUUAUGAGGAUCCUGAGGUCCAGAGAGGCUGCUGCCAGCGUCAACGUCAAGACCUGGCCCACUAUCAUAGACACAGACGACCUCCCCAGGAGGCGGCCCCCCCAGCUCUACAAGCCCCCCACAGCAGAGAUGCUGGCCUACCUGGACUUCAGUGUGUCCACCACAGGCAUGCUGACUGGGGUCAAGAUGUCCCACUCGGCGGUCAGUACUCUGUGUCGCUCCAUCAAGCUACAGUGUGAGCUCUACUCCUCACGCCAAAUAGCCAUCUGUCUGGACCCCUACUGCGGCCUGGGCUUUGUACAGUGGUGCCUCUCCAGUGUCUACUCAGGUCACCAGUCCAUCCUGAUCCCUCCUAUGGAGUUGGAGCUGUCCUUGCCUCUGUGGCUGAGCACCCUGAGCCAGUACAAGAUCAGAGACACCUUCUGUUCCUACUCUGUCAUGGAGCUCUGCACCAAGGGCCUGGGAACGCAGACUGACGCACUCAAGGCGCGGGGUGUGAACCUGUCGUGUGUGAGGAGCUGUGUGGUGAUAGCAGAGGAGCGUCCCCGGCUGACCCUGACCCAGUCCUUCUCCAAGCUGUUUAAAGACCUGGGUCUCUCCCCCCGCGCGGUCAGCACAGCCUUCGGAUCCAGGGUCAACCUAGCCAUCUGCCUACAGGGAACUGCUGGACCAGACCCCUCCACCGUCUAUGUAGACAUGAAGUCCCUCCGCCAUGACAGGGUGAGGUUGGUGGAGCGAGGUGCCCCCCAGAGUCUUUCCCUCAUGGAGUCAGGCACUAUUCUUCCAGGGGUGAGGGUGAUCAUCGUGAACCCAGAGACCAGGGGACCGCUGGGGGAUUCCCAUCUUGGAGAGAUCUGGGUUCAGAGUCCCCACAGUUCCAGUGGCUACUACACCAUCUAUGGAGAGGAGAGCUUGCAGGCGGACCACUUCAACACACGGCUGAGCUUCGGGGAGCCCCACACCCUGUGGGCCAGGACGGGAUACCUGGGCUUUGUCAAGAGGACCGAGCUACUGGGGUCCACCGGAGAUCGGCAUGACGCCCUGUUUGUGGUGGGCCAGUUGGAUGAGACGUUGGAGCUCAGGGGGCUUCGCUACCACCCCAUCGACAUCGAGACCUCUGUGUCCCGGGCACACCGCAGCAUCGCUGAGAGUGCUGUGUUCACAUGGACCAACCUCCUGGUUGUAGUGGCUGAGCUGGCCGGGUCGGAGCAGGAGGCCCUGGACUUGGUGCCUCUGGUGACCAACGUAGUUCUGGAGGAGCACCACCUGAUCGUGGGGGUGGUGGUCGUCGUGGACCCGGGCGUCAUCCCCAUCAACUCCCGGGGAGAGAAGCAGAGGAUGCACCUCCGGGACUCGUUCCUGGCCGACCAGCUGGACCCCAUCUACGUGGCCUAUAACAUGUGAGAUGUGAGGAGGAGGGCCAGACAGGAGGGCCAGACACACUGGGGUGAAGGCUGACUAUGGGGGUCCACUAGAGUAAAGGCUGGCUAUGGGGGUCCACUGGAGUAAAGGCUGACUAUGGGGGUCCACUGGCGUGAAGGCUGGCUAUGGGGGUCCACUGGCGUGAAGGCUGGCUAUGGGGGUCCACUGGCGUGAAGGCUGACUAUGGGGGUCCACUGGAGUAAAGGCUGGCUAUGGGGGUCCACUGGAGUGAAGGCUGGCUAUGGGGGUCCACUAGAGUGAAGGCUGGCUAUGGGGGUCCACUAGAGUGAAGGCUGGCUAUGGGAGUCCACUGGGGGGGAGGCGAGGGUGUGUAGAGGCUCUAAGAAUGAGUUGAUGGACAGAGAGAGAGGCGGGGGUGUGGGAUGGACUGCUCCUCCUGAGAACGGACCUCUCACAUUCACAGCGUGGCAGAACAGGAGUGGCGAUGGUGAAUGGGCUUGGACUUAGUUUAGCCACCCUGUUACACUGUCUUCUGCCUAAGUGCGUGCUCUCUCUCUCUCUCUUGGCCAGAGUCUACUCUACUAUGUUUAUUGAGGUUUUGGGUGGGAGUGAAGCUACAGCAUGUCCGUCUGCAUGGGGUUGAGCUGCUUCUUACUGGUGCUUAUCCAACCACUCCUCACCUCUCUCUGACAGAGGAGGAAUAGGAUUGGUUACUUCUCUUUGAUUGACAUUUAGGUCCACCUAUCAAGGAGACGUUUGCCAAUACCCUCAUCCACUCUCUCUCCCCUCUUCUCUCCCGACUACUCCGAUCAAUGAUUUUAUCCCCAGAAAUAAUGAUUUUUGUGCAUCUUGUUUUGUAGAGGGAGACAAAAACUGUAGAGAUUUGUUUAUCGUCUCAAUCCAUUCCAUGGUUUGUUUUUAGUUCAGCCUGUACCUUGCGCUCUCCUUUCACCUGAGGGGUCCACAGUCCGUCAUGUUUGUCAGGAUGGGACCGUGGAGCCAAUGAGACGAGCUGGAAGCUUCCCGCCAUGCACUUUAACCUUUCCUUGUCCUUCCAUAAUCUGUCCUGUCUCUCUUAGCCUGGUCUCAGAUCUGUUUAUGCCGUUUUGCCAACUCCUCAUGUGACAAUGACCGUAGGAGUUGGAAAGACAGUGCAAAAGGAUCUGAGACCAGGCUCGGUGUAUGUCCCAAAUGGCACCCUAUUCCCUAUAUAGUGCAUAUAUGUCUCCUGGGUAGUCGAUGUGAAACUGACUUCCUCUAACCACCAUUUUUCAUGAUACAAUUCAGAUCAACAACUAUUCAAACAAUACAAUACUGCCAGCAAGUACAGCUCACUUCAGGCAAACAAAUGCCUGCACCUCUAUUGCUGCACUUACUUUCAGAGCUGCGAUCGAUCGGUCAUCGUACGUUUCUGUCCCCGCACAUCUCUAGGUUUGUUUUAACGGCUCACUGCUAUGUUACGAGCUUUCAGACUUGCUGGAAGAAAUCCCUUUUAAAACCCACUUUGAAUUGGUAUGGAACGAAAAAGGAUGUGCAACAAACAUAUCAGCAGCAAACUGAACCAACAAAACGGACAAGCUGUUUAUUUCUGGACAAUAUUCGAAGUCCUUGGAUGUAUGAGCGGGAAUGACAGUGAUCUCAUCGAUCGUGUAAAGAAAAGGAACUCCUGUUUAACUGUAACGCUAUUCACCGGGCUUACGGUUAUAUGUCUGCGCAGCCACAAGACAAGGUAAACUGGUGUAGAUAUUUACCUUUAAACGUGUGUAUUCACUAUAGUGCACCAUACAGUAAUGAAUUGUAAAUAAUCAUUAUUUAAAUGGCAAGCAAACACAAUACUUGUAAUAUGGAACAAUUGACUUCUGAUAAACUGAUUAUCUUAUUGGCUGAUAUCACGGAGGCUCCUAUACUGAGUCACUAUAUCUUAGCUUGAAUAAGUAUCAGUCAGUCGACUGCUAGCCUCUGUCACGGGCUUUCAACAAGCGAAGCCUGGCGUCCAACAAGCGAAGCCUGGCGUCCAACAAGCGAAGCCUGGCGUCCAACAAGCGAAGCCUGGCGUCCAACAAGCGAAGCCUGGCGUCCAACAAGCGAAGCCUGGCGUCCAACAAGCGAAGCCUGGCGUCCAACAAGUGAAGCCUGGCGUCCAAGGCUAGUCAAUUGCUAAGCUUGUUUCUUUGUUCUGUACUGUCCAUUGAGCCACAAAGGGCAUCUUCAACUCUGACUAACUUCACGAGGCUACAUCGGGGUUAUCAGGAGACUGCUGCCCUGUGCCUUUCUAUUGUGUUAACAUGAAACGUAACAUCUUCAGAAAUCAAUGACUUGGUGUAUUACCAAAACAGUUUGCAGUGGGUAUAAGAUGAGAACAAAUUCUUGCCUUAUAAAACCUGUGGAACUUUUAACAUUUUAGUUUUUAUUUGUCAAAGGCUUUCAUUUUAUUGCUGUGCUUGUGAUGAAUAGAAAAGGGAUUGCGGAGGGUAAGGUUGAGAUGUUGACUGUAUAGCAUAGUGUAUAUUUUAGAGGUCAAAAACUGUAUAACUGGUGUUACUGUGUACAUUGACAUGAUGAACUUAUUCUUUAUGUUGAUAAAACUUGACUGAUCUUUCAUACUUGACAGCCAAUUUAUGCAUUACUGACAUAAAAAUAGGCUAAGUAACAAAUUGCAAAAUUCAAAAAAGUAUCUUAUGGUUUGGCAGGUGGUAACAAUUUGCACUUUCCCAUUUCAUUUGUGUGUGUGUGUGUGUGUGUGUGUGUGUGUGUGUGUGUGUGUGUGUGUGUGUGUGUGUGUGUGUGUGGUUUAAAUGGUGACAUUGUUUGUCUUUUCUUGUGCAAAAAGUUUCAUUGCCCUUUUUAAUUAAAUGAUUGGCUUUUUUUUGUCAAAUUCACUGUACUACAAUUUAUAUCGGUUGAUCAACCACAUUUUUUUUUUAUCCAAAUGAGACAUUAUUGAUUUAAAUGUAAUUCUAAUGGUUUUAGAAUUUAAGAUUUUAUGUUCUCUUUCUCAUGAACUCUUCUUUCAACGAUCCUACAUUAACAGCACAACUCUGUUGCAAAACUAAAGCCUUGUUUGAUUUGGAAGUAGUUUAGACUACUUGAAUGACAGACAAACAUUGUAAUUUAUAAGUCCAUCUCUUGAGUGAAGUUGAAAUUGAAUGGUUCAUAAAUAAAUGUAUUGAACUUGGA